UUCAACCCUGAGAUUAAUAUUGAUAAUUUAGAUCUUUAAUCUCUUGAGUAGAGUGGGUUAUUCGGUACUACUGGUGCGGGCUUUUCUUCCGCGUAUGCUACUCCAUUUGUAACCUUGCAGCCAGCACCUGCUCCAAUGACAUCGGCGUUUCAAACGCAGCAUUUUACGCGCACAUAGGGAGUGGGCAGCGAAAAGCUUCGCGAGUCUAGAGAAGGUUUGUUUUCAAGGCAGUUAGUUGAAUGCCGAAUUGCGGAUAGCCUACACAAUUUAACUUGAGGUGAUCAUCGAACGAUGGCCGAGUGCGGGAGGAAGGCGCUAUCACUUCUAGAAGCGGCCCGUUCCCGGUAUGAGAGCUUGCAAAUCUCAGACGAUGUGUUCGGGGAGUCUGGGGACGACAGCAGCGACAACCCUUUCUACAGCACCUCGGCUGAUUCCAAUUCGGAUAACGACACGGCGGAAACUAAGAAUGCCGACGACCGACGGCCGGAUGAAACAGGGACUCAGAAUAACUGCGGUCCCCCCGGCUCCGUCUCCUCCUCGCAAGCGAAGGAGGAUGGAUGGACCGAUGUGCUGCAGGACAUAGACUUGCCCUGCUAUAAAGACACACACGGACCUACUCAGAAGAUGCCAGCCACCGCCACUGCCAUGGAUUUCUUCCAGCUGUUUGUGCCAGACAACCUCCUCCAGAGCAUGGUCACACAGACCAACAUGUACGCCAAGAAGUUCCAGGAGCGCUUCGGCAGCGAUGAGGGCUGGACGGCGGUCACUCUGGCAGAGAUGAAGGCCUUCAUGGGCUUCGUGACGUCCACCAGCAUCCACCGCUGCGAGUCGGUGCUCAGCAUCUGGAGCAGCGGCUUCUUCAGCAACCGCAGCAUCGCGCUCAAGAUGAGCCAGGCGCGCUUCGAGAAGAUCCUCAAGUACUUCCACGUGGUGGCCUUCCGCUCCAGCCACGGCAGCAGCCAAGGCCUCUACAAGAUACAGCCCUUCCUGGAGGCCCUGCAGCAGAGCUUUGGAUCCUCCUUCCGACCCUCCCAGACACAGGUCCUCCAUGAGCCUCUGAUUGACGAGGAUCCCGUCUUCAUCACCACCUGCACCGAGCGAGAGCUCCGCAAGAGGAAGAAGAGGAAGUUCAGCCUGUGGGUGCGCCAGUGCACCGCCACCGGAUUCAUCUGCCAGAUUUAUGUCCAUCUGAAAGAGGGCCUCGGGGUGGAUGGAUUGGAUGCCUUGAAGAACAAGCCGCAGCUCCACAGUCUGGUGGCCAAGCAGCUGUGCCAGAGCCUGGCGGGCCGCAACUCCAUCAUCUUCACUGGGCCCAGUAUCACUAGCCUCAACCUCUUCCAGGACUUUGAGAAACAGGACAUCUACUGCUGUGGGCUGCUGAGCACUAAGAAGAGUGACUGCACGGGUCUCCCCCAGCCUAUGAUGGUCAACACGGACGGCCCCCAGGCCCGCGGCCAGUCGCGCACCAUGAUGAAGGGCAACACCUCGCUCAUCAACUGGUACAACAAGGGCACCUUCAGGUUCCUCACCAACGCGUACUCGCCCACCAAGCAAGGGGUUAUCAUCAAGAGGAAAAGUGGGGAGAUCCCGUGUCCACUGGCAGUGGAGGCCUUUGCUGCCCACCUCAGCUACAUCUGCAAAUAUGAUGACAAGUACAGCAAGUACUUCAUCUUCCACAAGCCUAAUAAGACCUGGCAGCAGGUGUUUUGGCUGACCAUCAGCAUCGCCAUCAACAAUGCCUACAUCCUCUACAAGAUGUCUGAUGCAUACCACGUCAAGCGCUACAGCAGGGUACAGUUCGGCGAGAGGCUCGUCAGAGAGCUCCUGGACUUGGACGACUGCUCCCCCACACAGUAAAACAACCACACUGUCAUCAUCUGUCAUCACCCCAAACCACCACACACACAUGUUCAACACACUACACACUUUAUUCAUUCAUAGCCAACACACACACACCAUAUACUGUAUAUGUAUUUAUCUUCACAGACCUGAAAUGUCGAUACAUGAAAUGUUUUCACCUCUACUAACGAUACAGCAGGACCUGGGUAGCGUGGUCGGCCAUUAGAGUGAAGUAGGAGAUCAGGGAUAGAAUCAGGAACUCUCCGCACCAGCGCCCCCCUCUGGCUGCAAAUCAUUCUGCCUCCUCUGGACUGCUCCUCAGGUGUCUGACCUUGUGCAUCGGUCAGAGUUGUAUAA